CAUCACUUUUCUUCAAUUCCAAACAAAGCUGAAGAGAGAGGAGUGAGUGAGCGCUGGGAAAGCAUAGUCGAACGUCUUGAACCUCUCCUCAACGAUAAGACAAUCCCCACCAACGCCCAAUCAUCACCGAUAUCCCCCCUUCUCUUUCUCAAUCUUAACGUCCACAAAUACACCCCAUCCCCCGCCUUCUCAAUCCUAAAUACUAGUACAUCCUUCUUUGUUAAUUCCCCACCAAGACUCCAUCCAUCUCUCUCUCUCUCUCUACAGAAUUAUCAAGAGACUAAACAAGAGCAAUGGCCUCUGCAGCGGCACGGACGUCCCUGUCUCUCAUUCCCACUGCUUCUUCGCCCCCCUCUCGCGCCCAAUCGCCGUCUCUCCCUACCACCAGCCUAUUCUUCUGCUCCCCUCUCCGCCGCGUGGGUUUAUCCGCUGCGGCCGCGGACCCUUUCCUCACCCUCCACGUCGGCUCCAACUUCCGAUCCAUCGACAAGGGCCGUGGAAAAGCCUCCAGAUGGGUGGUCUGCAUGGCCAAGAAGAGCGUUGGAGACCUCACCGCCUCCGACUUGAAGGGUAAGAAGGUCUUUGUCAGGGCCGAUUUGAAUGUCCCUUUGGACGAUACCCAGAAGAUCACCGAUGAUACCAGAAUUCGAGCUGCUGUCCCUACUAUCAAGCAUUUGAUGGCCAAUGGGGCUAAAGUUAUUCUUUCCAGCCACUUGGGACGACCAAAAGGUGUUACUCCAAAAUUCAGUUUGGCCCCUCUUGUGCCCAGGUUAUCUGAACUCCUUGGUAUUCAGGUUGUGAAGGCUGAUGACUGUAUCGGUCCGGAGGUUGAAAAAUUGGUGGCUUCCCUUCCUGAAGGCGGUGUUCUUCUACUUGAGAAUGUGAGGUUCUACAAGGAGGAAGAAAAGAAUGAACCCGAGUUUGCAAAGAAGCUAGCCUCAUUGGCGGAUCUCUAUGUCAAUGACGCUUUUGGCACUGCACACAGGGCUCAUGCCUCCACCGAAGGGGUCACAAAAUUCUUGAAGCCAUCUGUUGCCGGCUUCCUUCUUCAGAAGGAACUGGACUACCUCGUUGGGGCUGUUUCAAGCCCAAAGAGACCAUUUGCUGCCAUUGUGGGUGGUUCAAAAGUUUCAUCCAAGAUUGGUGUGAUUGAGUCGCUUUUGGAGAAGUGUGAUAUCCUGCUUCUUGGAGGAGGAAUGAUCUUCACUUUCUACAAGGCACAAGGUCUUUCGGUUGGGUCAUCUCUAGUGGAGGAAGACAAGCUUGGUCUUGCAACUUCUCUCCUUGAGAAGGCCAAGGCGAAAGGAGUAUCUAUUAUGUUACCAACUGACGUGGUAAUUGCUGACAAGUUUGCUCCAAAUGCAAACAGCAAGAUUGUACCAGCAUCUGCCAUCCCAGACGGCUGGAUGGGUUUGGAUAUUGGUCCAGAUUCUAUUAAGACGUUCAAUGAUGCUUUGGAGACCACCAAAACUGUUAUCUGGAAUGGACCAAUGGGAGUGUUUGAGUUUGACAAGUUUGCACAAGGAACAGAGGCUGUUGCAAAGAAGUUAGCUGAACUCAGUGGGAAAGGAGUGACAACAAUCAUUGGAGGUGGCGACUCUGUUGCAGCUGUAGAGAAAGUAGGAGUUGCUGAGGUGAUGAGCCACAUUUCAACAGGUGGUGGUGCCAGUUUGGAGUUGUUGGAAGGGAAACAACUUCCUGGUGUCCUCGCCCUUGAAGAAGCCACUCCAGUUCCUGUGUAAAAGUAGUUUUUUGUGUUUUUAUCCCCACCCAUCCCCUGUAUUGGCAUUCAAUUAAAGCUUGUCAAUGAGAAAAGUUUGUGGACAUCAUACGAGUUUGUGUUGUAGAUUUUCACCGUCACCGCUAAUCAAGCUAUUUUAGCUUUGUAUUACCUUCCCCGUGGUUGCAUUACUAGAACACACGUUCUAAGGGCAAUAAGCCUUUUCCAAGUCCUCAAUAAAUUCGGCUAUAAAUUUCGGGGGAUUUUUCCCUCGAAUAUUUGCUUUCUA